CCCCAGAACAGGAAACAGAAUUACGAGUUGGCUUUCCAGACCGGAGAACGAUUUGCCGGUAUACCUGACUUCCUUACAGCUGAUGAUAUGGAUGGUAUGGUAUCUGAUCACCGAAUUGAUCCUAAGAUGAUAUUCUCGUAUGUCCAGGAGGUGUACAGGAUGUGCAAUGAAUUGUAAAUCCCUCAAUCUUUUCCCCCUCCCCUCCUCCACCAAACCAAACCUGUUUUAAAUAUAUAAAUACCCCCCCUGACUUAAUAUCAGCUGAAAGAACAUCCUUCCUAAGCCUCCAAAUGGGCGACGUGGUUCUAAAAAAGGGACCAAACGCCCAUAUUUAAACAUGUAAAAUCUGUUGUGAUAGUUGACUUGACUUUGUUGUUUUAAUAAUAUUGUAAAAAAAAGUAAUUAUAAAAAGGUGUAUUCAGAAAUCAAUAAAAUGUCUCUGUCUUUUUAAACUGAUUCGAAAAUAAAGGCAGAUCUGUAA